AUGACGGCAUUUCAUUAUGGGGUGUUUACGAACAAUUCUGAGCUGCCUAUAGAGGACAGUAGGUCCUGCAGGUGGAAACAACAUAAGUCCUCACUGAGUUAUGCCGUCGCCUUUGUGACUCCUAGCGAUGUUUCAAAGCUUCUUUCGUAUGACUGUUUACCAGAUGGAAUAAUUCAUGUCCAUGGAGUUCCAAAGGGGUAUACUAUCACCAGUAUCCACGGUGGAUCUAGCUGUCAAGUGACACAGAUCGAAGCACAUGACUAUGCCCUUGGACGUUCAUGCACGCAACAUGAGUAUUACAACUACCCGUACUACAAGUACUUAUAUCGCGCUGACAUACAGAUCAGUCACUCGUCCUCAAACAUCGUUGGAGGGAAUGGCUUUAACCCUUUCCGUCUGAUAUGUGACAAAAUCCACUCAGGCGGAAAGGUGUUCGAUCUCGUAACACACAUGUAUGUCAACGACAGUUCUCGUUAUGGUUCCAGUGUUAUCCCGACACUACCUUACGCCAGGAAAUCAGAAAAUAACCGGAGAUAUACACGUCAACCUGAAAUGUUUUUCUCAAAGUCACAAUAUUCAAAUUAUCCUGACUAUUAUAAUGAUAUUAUCACCGGAAGCUUGGUAUAUGUUCACAUCAGUAGCGGUGACCAACACUAUGCUGUGAGACCAGAAAACUGUACUGCCAGAGCAUCGUAUUACGAUUACGGUGGAGAUAAUUCAGUUGAACUAUGGGAUGUCACGAAGGACAGGUGUGUGCUGGAGCCGUAUCUGAUGGAAAAAUUUGUCAGCAGAGACAAUGACCAAACCGCGGUUUCUGCACCCCUGUAUGCAUUCCAUUUUGGAUCCAGGUCCGACUACAACACUCACGCUGUAUAUUUUGAAUGUUCCGUUCGUGUUUGUAGCCGUGGAUCUUUCAGCUGCAAUUUGAAUGUAUGUGAUGAUGUAAGGCGGGGAGAAAGGAGUGCUGAAGACGAUGAUGAUUAUGACCAUCACUUGGUGACAAAGACAUUGGAAAUACGACAGAAUGGGAAUAGCUCAGACAAAAAACGGUGCUCCAUCGUCACUACUGUGCUUGGUGUUCUUGCCAUGGCAUUUUCCAGGAAGUUCAUGGGCAUGUGA